GCCCAACCGGAAGCUUUCUUGUAACGACUAGUUUUCCUCACCAUCCACGGGAUUGUGGUCCCUCUGGCCCCUUGAAAAGAAUCCCCGAUGACCGGUGAACUUACUUGACAGCGAGGAAAGCCUUCACUCAGGUACGCUAAAUAUGCCUGUGAGGAGUCGUGUUUACAGACCCGGGCUCGACAGCUGCAGCUGAACGAAGGUAACGUUGAUAAGCGCGACGGGAGAGCGGAAGUUGUUCUGUUAAAACACUCGGAGCAGUCCAGACAGUUUUUGUACAGUGGAGAGAAGACCUGCUUGGAGUUUGUGUCAGUAUAUCAAAGGAACUUCGACAGACAGGUGCUAUGAGCAGUGAGCUGAACGUGCCUAUGGGUUCCCCGGCCCCAGGAGUCUCAGAGCGGGCCCCGGACGGUGGGGGGAUGGACUACAGGGACUGGGUGCGACGCAGUUACCUGGAGCUGGUCAGCUCCAACCACCACUCAGUGCAGGCCCUGUCCUGGAGAAAACUCUACUUGAGCCGGGCCAAGCUGAAGGCCUCCAGCAGGACGUCUGCGCUGCUCUCUGGCUUCGCAAUGGUGGCCAUGGUGGAGGUUGAUCUGGAGAUGCAGUACAGUUACCCACGCGUGCUCCUCAUUGCCUUCAGCGUGUGCACCACCGUGCUGGUGGCGGUGCACCUCUUUGCUCUGCUGAUCAGCACCUGCAUCCUCCCCAACGUGGAGGCCGUCAGCAACAUCCACAACCUCAACUCUGUCAGCGAGUCACCCCACGAGCGUAUGCACUACUACAUCGAGCUGGCCUGGGGCUUCUCCACAGCCCUGGGCAUCUUGCUGUUUUUAGCAGAGGUGGUGCUCCUCUGCUGGAUCAAGUUCCUCCCUGUGGACUCCAGCGUGGCCAAAGAGGGGACCACCUGCAGCACCACAACAGCCACUGCUGCGCUAAAACCUACGCCAGCUCCACCGCAGUACAGCGGCUGGCAGGCCGCGCUUGCCUCUACCAUCAUCAUGGUGCCAGUGGGUGUGAUUUUUUUGGUUUUCACCAUUCACUUCUAUCGCUCUCUGGUGCGCCACAAGACAGAGCGUCACCACCAGGAGAUCGAGGAACUGCACAAGAUUAAGGUGCAGCUAGACGGCCAUGAGAGAGGCCUCCAGACUGUGUGAUAACAUGACGGAAGCUUUAAGAACUUCCCUUUGUAUCCCAUAUUUAUCAAGUCCUCUCCCUUCUCUGACAUUUGUUCUGGUCAGAGUUAACGCCUUGCUUGGGCUCGUCAGCAGAGAGCUUUAAAGCAGCUCACUUUGCUGCACAGACAGCCAAAACAUGUCAGACUGCUAAUUUAUUCUUACGGUAAAGUUGCGUUGUAGUAUUUGUAUAGUGACCAUGUCUGUGUUUUGGAUCUGUAACGUGUUGGUCAAAGAUAAUGUAAAAAGGUUUACAGAAAAAGGGCUAUUGAGUUCUGUGGGCCAUGUCUGUGUUUUUGUCUGUGUUAGGGAUUCACUCUGAGGCUAUUAUAAAUCUUUUAGCUACCCUCACACCUUGCUAGCAAAGAGGUGCCAUCCUUAACACCUUAAGUAACUUGCCAUAACCCCAAAAAUGUAACUUGACUGUAGUUGCUGUCUGUAAGCUGGUUUCACCAAAGAUUGUGCGUGUUUUUGCAGUUCAACAACACCAACAGAGCGUCAAGUCAGUGUCAUAAGUGGUGAACCUCCCAGUUAAACGUAUAUUCAUAAAUAAAUAAUUUAGGAUGAUUGGUUAAAUAGUUGUGAAUCAGGACCUCCAGUGUUUGGUGCAUGUGGCCUAUGAAAAAUAAGAUGUGCCAAAGUAAGUUUUACAACUACAGCUGGGACCACCACUAACAACUAAAAUGAUAUGUUACUGCGACCUGCGAUUAUUUUGACGGAAAACUAAAAUUUAAAAAAAAAUAUUUAAAUCAUGAUGAUGUGACAUUUUAUCAAACAUGUUUUAAAUCUGGAGGACAAGAUAUGUAGGCUGGGGCAUCUCUGCAGCACUACAGUACUUCAGUAUAAUAAUCUUUUAUCACACAUUUUAGCUUCAUCAAAACAUUGCAGCUUCAGCUGUCAGAAACCUGUUGCAUGGAUUCUAUGGUGAGUGCAGGCCUCACCGUUCACUCUCAGCCUGCUCCUCAGUCAGAUUCACAUUUCACAUAAAACUGUGCUUGUUGUUUUUAACUGUAAAAAGCCAAGUUGUGCAAGGAACUUGGUGUAUGUUUCACUCUAUUUUGACUGAUUGAGGGCAUCUCUACACCGUGUAUGUGCGUGUUUACCAGGAUUCGAAUAGUUCUAAUGUGAAGUCUUAAAAAUUUUGUAUUUCGUGUCUGUGUUUUUACACCCAAAAUCUCAGAAGAGCCUCAAACGUUUUGUCAUUCACUUCCUUCAAAUAGCUUUUAUUGUCUUUUACAAAGACCAUGGAGCCUGUGUAAAAGGUGUCAAAUUAGUCCAUUCUGCAUAUCAAGCUGCUCAAAGUGCUUAAAUAUGAAUGUGUUACUGUCUAAGUAUAGCUCUGUCUUACAGAAUUAUUGCCUUUUUCAUGAACUGCUGUUUUGCUUAAGGUCACAUAACACAAGCCGAUUUGUUUGCUAGGAAUGUAGUUAAGCAGGUCAAAGUUUAAACCAAUACAGUUUAAACGUUGGAGUCUGAUGAAGGGCUAGAAAAAAAUCAAAGAGUUUGACGGAAAUGAGAACAGUCACAGAAUGCAUGUUGAUAUCAGCUUUACCUUGUUUCUUCCAGUUGUACUAAAUAUUGGAGACGUGUGUGUGUGUGUGUGUGUUAAAUGAAAGACUCAACAUAGAGUUGGCACUGCCUUGAAUGAGGUUGGAGUAUGUUAUUGCAAACCUGUUAUCACAUUCCAAAUAAGAUGACUGACCAAAGUGUUGCUCAGUUGUUGUUUUUUUUAUUUUUUUUCUUGCUUCUCAGAGGAGACAAAGUGCACUUGUAGUCUAAUUGAACAGUGAGUGAGUGCGGGAGGUUUGUUGUGAGAAAACCUUGCUUUGUCUGUGUUUGUGGAUUUGUGCUUCUUAAAUGAAUGCUGCAAAGGUCAUGGAGACCUGUGUUGUAAAGUAAAUUCACAGCCUGCAGCAGACUUUAAAAAAUAAAAUAAAAACACUCAAGUUCUCA